AUGAAGAUAUUUGCAGGUUGUUAUCUUAUCGCCGGCCUGGUGUCAAGCGCCGCCCUUGUUGCCGCAUUGGACAGCCAGGCACACCUCACUCCAGAUUGCGCUCAUCCGCACUAUACCGUCCAUCUCUUCUCUCGCGAACCGCUCGUCAUCUACAUUGCCGACUUCCUCACCUCCGUCGAGCGGGAGCACCUCCUUGAAGCGAGCGCCUCAGCCUUCACCGAUUCCCAAACCGCUGACCAGGACGGUACGCAAACCCUUCGUAGCACUCGACGCUCCAAGUCGGCCACUGCUUCCCGUGACGCUGUAACACGAUGUAUCGAAGAACGGGCUCUGCUAUUCCAGGGAUAUGACACGCCUCGGACACACCUUGAGCCGUUGCAAUUAGUGCGCUAUCAUACCAACGAAACUUAUGAUCUUCAUACGGACUGGUUCACGUCACCGGCGCAGACGACUCGAUCGCACGGUGGGAAUCGUCUGUCUUCGUUCUUUGCAUAUGUGAAAGCAAGUGCAGAUAUCUCUGGUGGAGAUGCCGACCAUGGUUCCGCCAUUCAGGACGAUCUUUCCCAGCUCGUCAUCUGCAUUACCGGCGCUGAGGGCACACCCUACGCCGAAGGAUUAUGGCGACUGCAUCUCAAAAUGCCCCACGACUACCCCAAAAGCCCUCCGAAAGCGACAUUCCAGACACGAAUAUACCACCCCAACGUAGAUCCGACGACAGGAGCGGUGUGCCUAGAGACGUUGAAAAGAGAUUGGGAUCCGAAGUUAACGCUGAAAGAUAUCUUGAUCACGAUAUCGUGUUUAUUGAUUCAGCCCAAUCCGGACUCUGCGUUAAAUGCAGCCGCAGGCGCACAGAUCCAAGAAGACUACGACACCUUUUCUACACAGGCGCGGUUGAUGACUCGAAUCCAUGCACCCAUUCCGAAGCAUUUGUCAGAUGCUGUCCAGGAGGCGAAGCGCCGAGGGGAGGAAUCCGAGCAAGAACUGAAAGAAAAACGGUCAUCCCGAGGAACAUCGGCGGAGGACGACACGAAAGAGAAUGCACCUGGUCUGUCCAGCGCAGUGACCAAAGACGCCACAUCAGCGAGCAAAGAGAAACGGGCUCUCUCGGAAAUCGCAUUGAUCGAUGGGGAUGAUACGCAACAACGGUCUGAGGGGAUUGAAGAACCAAAGCGAAAAUCCCCCAAAACGACGCGAAUGUCUACACCUGACCAGACCAGGGCGGUUCCCUCGAGCAUCGCUAGCAACCAUGGACCGCAACAAAAAUCAGAUGGAGAACCAGACCAAGUGGCACAAAACAAGGAAAACAUGCACAGUGAGGAGCUGGCAUCGAAACCAAUGGCAACACGAAAGACCAACACAGGCGCAGGAAAGAAGAAGCUCCCGCGAGUUGGUAUUCGGAGACUUUGA